CGCGCGCUAGAGGCACGCGCACGACCUGUACCUGAGAACUGACAAAUGGUGAACCAUCCAUUCGUAGUCCAUUUGGCAAGUGGUAAUAAUCCGAAAGGGCAGAGUUUAGGCGCAGAAUUCUCUUUUCCGUUGGACACAGAUCGUUCCCAUUAGAAUAAAACCCUAAAAUCAUUUGCUAUUAAGAUUUUCUCUGAAAAUAAAAAGAUGCAUCAGAAUCACAUGGACGGUUCACUGAUUUCACAAAAUAAAAACCAACAAAGGCCUUCAAAGCGCCAAAAACUUGACACUAUUAAUUCAUCAAUCCGUGAUUCGUCAGGCAUUGACUCUGAGUGCAUAUCGAAAUGGGAGAAAAUUGGUAUUACAAGGGAAAUUGGUGACUUCUACAUUGCAUUGUCCAACACUGAAGCUACUGCGAUUCAAGUUCGGAAAAUGAGAAGACAAAUGGAAGAAAUUUUUAAUGACGAAGAAAAAGUUCUUGAGAUAUCGGCGAGAAUGAAGAGAGACGCGAUAGAACGUCUAAAAGAGCAUCUGGAAACCUCCUAUGUACACGAGGCUCGUGAGCACCAGACUGCUGAAAUUUCAAUGGCCCCUAUAAUGAGCAGAAUGAUGACAAAAAUUAAGGAACUAUUUUUCAGAACCUCUGACAUCUUGAAAGUAUCUCCGACAUCUUCAAACUAUUUUUCAGAACCUUCGAUAUCUUCAAAGUCCCAAGAGACUGAAGCAGAGCUUCAGAUUCCCCCGGAGAAAGAGAUAAAGAUCGAGGCCGAAGACAAUGUCGAGGAUAAUUCGGAAAAUCAGGCAUUAGACUUGCAUAAUUCUGGCCUCGAAGAACUUAAUAUUGACACUCAACGUAUUUCAGCGAUCGUAAAGCAAAUUCUCUUGGAGCAGGAAAAGACACGUACAAAAGCACUCGUGGAGCAAUUGCAACCGUUGACCGUGGAAAUUUCAAGUCUUCGAGAAGCUAUGAUUAAAUUGAAGUUUGAGGCAAAAAUAUCCAAUGUGAGGGAGAAAUCGGAUGUUGCAGAGAGAGUUGAAGAGCAGUCGCUGCAUUGUGGAUCGAGAGAGAGUGAAAGGUCAGCAGCUUCGAAUCGUGCAACCUCGCAGCUUCAACAGCCAGAAGACAUUUUGAUGGAGGAAGGAAGAGACCAAAAAGCACAAGUCGAUGAUGUACAGAACAUAAAUGAAACAACUCAACGAACUUUCGAAGAAUCAGAGCAAAUGGAGGAGGAUUCGACAGCUCGAAAUACAGAAGAAUGUGAUUCAGAGGUGAUUGAGGUUGAUGUCCCCUCAGAUCUAGUUGAUAACAACGAUUCAUCAUGGGAACCAUCGGAUGAAGAUGAAUCUCCUCCUUCUACUCAGCAAUCUGAGAGCGACUAUGAGGAGGCAUCUGGGGGAGAAGAAUUACGACCUGUCCGCAAGCUCAUCGUGGGAAAUUAUUACGUUAUACCUUCAAAUCCACAAUUUUUUGAGAUUAAUUGGAAGGACCAUUACACAUUUAAGCGCCCCCGUUCGUACACCUGUAUUUAUUGUUCACAAACGAUAGCCAACAGAUUAGCCAUGCAGGAUCAUAUAUGGGUUCAACACCAUGGGGAAUACUUCAAAUGUCCCCUUUGUCCUUCUUCAUACUCCAUAUCAAGAAGAACCAGUAUAAGGAAACACAUGUGGGGAACACACUUGUCUUGAGCAUUUCAGUCAUGAAAAUGAACAACAUCAAAAAAUGUAUUUAUUUGGUAGUAUAUGAAUGAGUAAAUACAGA